AUGACACAAACGAAAACAAUUGCCGUUGUUAAUGCUGCCGGCCGUCAAGCAGCGUCGCUCAUCCGCGUUGCUUCCGCCGUCGGGUACCACGUGCGAGCACAGAUACAUUCGCUGGAGGGUGUGAUCCCGCAGGAGCUCAAGGGUCUCUCCAAUGUGACUCUUCUCAAAGGACCUCUGUUAAACAAUGACGCCCUGUUAAAUUCGUUGUUUGAGGGUGCACAGCUCGCCUUUAUCAACACCAUUUCACAAUCCGGCGAUGAGGUAGCUAUAGGGCGCGCUCUGGCUGACGCUGCGAAGCGGGCAGGAACAAUUCAGCACUAUGUAUACAGUAGCAUGCCUGAUCAUUCCAUCUACAACCCGCGCUGGCUCAGCUUGCCGUUGUGGAGCUGCAAGUUCGCUGUGGAAAACUAUGUGCGCCAACUAGGCCUCCCUGCUACAUUUGUGUAUGCUGGUAUCUACAACAACAACUUCACCAGCCUUCCAUACCCGCUGUUCUGCAUGGAAUUGACUGCCGACGGUGGGUUUGAAUGGCACGCUCCCUUCCAUCCCGAUAUUCCGCUCCCGUGGCUGGACGCAGAACAUGACGUUGGCCCCACGAUUCUACAAAUCUUCAAGGAUGGGCCAAAGAGAUGGAAUGGGCAUCGAAUUGCCAUGUCGUUUGAAACUUUGACCCCCAGGCAGGUUUGCGCUGCCUUUUCCCGGGCCCUUGACCGCCCCUGCAGAUACGUCCACGUCCCUAGAAUUGACAUCAGGGCCCCCAUUCCGGCCGGAUACCGUGCGCAACUUGAAGGGAUUGAGAUCUUAUUCGGACAGAUGCGCGCCCCUUUCUUCCCAAACCCGGAAUUCAACCAUCCGACCACCGGUCCACGUGCCGGUAAACCCAUCAUCCCAGAGCCGGAUCAAAAUGGCGUGGUUGCCUUGCCGCUUGUGGACGAAGCCAGGACGCUCUGGGAAGGGUGGAGGAGCAUGGAGGAAUAUGCUAGAGAAGUGUUUCCGGUGGAAGAAGAGGCAAAUGGUUUAGAUUGGAUGUUGUGA